AUGGCUUACGUCGACCAACCCUACCCCAUGGGAUUCCACAUGGAAGACCCCGAGUCGGUGGACUUUGAUUAUAUAUUCCACAAUGUCCUCUCAAACUGCGACAAUCAGUCUUUCCCCUCAAGCUGCGACAACCAGUUGUUCCUCUCAGGCUACGAAAACCAGUCUCUCCUCUCAGGCUACGACAAUCAGUCUCUCCUCUCAGGUUACGACACCCAGUCAACUGCCACUAUCUCACCCCAAGAUUUGGCUUUGCCCUACGAGAGUGAAUUCACUUCGCCAGUCGAUUUCAUGACACCAUCCUUCGGCGCUGAAGACCAACAAGAGCUCAUGACCAUGGAGGGGGCCUUCACGCAAGAUCCCACACCUCCAUUAUUCGAUGAUGCUUCCUUUGCGGGAUACAACCCCUACGACGGCAAUGCAUUCCGUAGCGAGGUUGAGGCGCUGGUCGCUCUCGACGACCGUGCUGUUUCCAUGAAGCGGAAGCGUCGCGAUGCUUCGAUUUAUCUGCAUCUCCAAAGCCUCGGCGAUGCCAACAAGCAUGAUCAAGGCAUGUCCUCAGACUCCAACACCAGCUUCUCCUCCUCAAGCUGUUCCGACAUGCGCCAAAGCGCUUCUCCCCUCUCCAGCCCGGAAAAAACCGCUACAGAGGCACCUCCUCCAGGUGGCAUGGAAAUGGUGCUCGAUUUGAACAUGAAUGCUGCCGCCAACGUGCCGAAAAAGCAGAAGCCUCGUUCGAAGGCACAGAAGGAGAACUACAUCAAUGCUCGCAAGUUCGGCGCUUGCGCGAAACACAAACAGCAACACAAGCAGUGCAACUGCCUGAAUAGGUCUGGUGGUAGCGCAACUGCCAGCAUGUCGCCGACAAUGGCCACUCUGCAAAAGCGACUGAAGCAACCGAAGCUCCAAACUUCGGUUCGUCCAGACACACGCUACCCUGUUUCACCAGGUCAGACCACUGCACCUCAAACACCAUUGCUUUCAUCCGUCAAACCACCGAGGAUGUCCACAAACUCAUCUUCUGGCCACGACACAUCAAUCGGACUGCCAGUUGUCCCACAAGAUCUUCACAGAACGAACAUUCAAAGGAGUACGAUACCAGGACGAGAUUCUGUGUAUCCAGGCGCCCCAGGCCUCAGCAACGUGUCAUCGCAAGACACUGCUAUCAAAUCGGGCACUUUGGUUGCGAAGAACGCAAUCCAAGCCCACAGCCGGGCUGCUCCACCAGGAAGGAACGUUUCCGAGGCAUCUCAAGGUCAAGAAACUGUUCAACCUGGCGGGACUGUCAGGUCAUCUUCUGGUCGCGAUGUUGUCGCUGGCAAGAAGACUCCCAGUUCGUCUGCGGGUCACGAGAUAUUAAUCUCUGGCACAAGCUCCAACACAGCAGCCAUCGACCGAGGCCGUGCUACAUGCCAAUCUACCAACCAAUCUGCCACCACUCUACCACCAGCCGGCUCAAGUCUGCGCUGGUCCAUCUCCUCCUCAACUGUGCCCGCACAGUCCGACACUUCAACCCCCUCUGGUGUUCCCUCCGCCGUGCCUUGCACCGCAUCGAAUGGGGGAACCCCCAUACGAAGAAUUGUGCAAGACACAAUUCUGCCAGGAUUCAUUCCUGCCACCCAUGGGAUUCACCCAGGUGGGACUGCCAUGGCGCUGGGGCUGCAACGACGAUCGGCAUCGAACGUCGUUGCUGGCCUACAGUCAAUGCCGAAAAUACAAGCGACCAAGACUUCUCACUCUAUUCCGGGUGCGUUGGCAAACCGUUUGCUGGACUCAUUGCCCAGUGGUUUACCACAGUCGGUCGCUCGUGUUGGCAGUUUGCUUUAUACUUCCGUUGCGCUUUGCGCCCAAUUGACGCUCCAGCACGGAAGCGUCAAAGGAGCGAUAUGGAAAGGACUUUCCUUCGCUGGCAGAUAUACGCGAGCUGUUCACAAGUUGUUCAGCUCUAAUGGUCUACGAAUCUAG